AUGACUGGCCCAGUCUCGUCUAGCUCCUAUAAUAUCGUCGAUGACGAUGAAGACGAGGCUUGGGAGGAUAUCCCUUUGAAUGAGAUUGAUGAGGCUACCCAGGAAAACCUGGAUGGAGUUGAGGGCAUGCUCAACUUUGACGUUGACCUUGAUAACCAGUUGCCGACCAUUAAUGUUGCUGAGCAGUCGAAUGCGAUUAUCGACAAGAUGAUCCAGGAAAACCAGAUCCGAGAAUACCAGUUCUUCCGUGAUACCUGGGAGAUGACUCUUGAGAUACUUUACAUCAAGGUCAAGCGGCUGAAUAGCAAUCCUGCCUUUACCCUAGCUGCGAUGGAGGAUUAUGGCUUCAUUCGACCUGGCUUUAAAUUUCCAGUAGCUGGCGACAUCUUCACCAAAGAGGAAGUGCUUCUUUGGUUUGCACUCGCCAAGUACUGGCACCUGAACCGCUUGUCUAAGAAGAAGAAGAUACGCCUGGUUCUUAAUUCUUCUGUCAAGAAGAAGAAGACCCAAUUCGCACUCGCGCACCGCCCAGCCAUCAAGAUUCAAGGAUCUCUCUUCACUACAGCUCAGCGCCGAUAUGCCUCCACUCCAAAGCCUUCAGUGAAGGCUAUGUUCUCUGAGAUCAGUGACUCGAUGAUCAAGAAAGGUGUUUGGGAGCUUCUGGGCCCUGCUGAAGUUUGGGAAGAGUUUACUGCUCUCGAUAAAACAGCUAACAUCUUAUCUGCGAUGGAUAAGAAGUUCUCAGCUAUACUAAAGCUGAUACCAUUCUUCCUGAAGCUUGACCUUGCUCGGGAUAAAGCGCCAUACAACUGGCGUCAGGUCUAUGAGUUGGCUCAGAAGCUAACUCGUUUGCUUGACUUUUCUCUAUAA